CGCGAUUUUAUUCAGGUUACUAAAUGAAAAAGCCUUAACUAAAAAAUCUGAAGCCAACCGACGUCACAGACACCCUUUACAAUGUACCAGAUCUUUUUGCUGUGUGACUUCAGCAGUACUCCCUCAACAUCAAACUACUCCAACUCUUGAGCUCGUAUUACUGAAGCUGACCUUUAAACGGAGGAGGGAUGCAACCAUUCCGGACGUAAGGUACGCACGGUCUAUGUCACUUGUGUUGUCAAAAUGGCUGAACGUAAAGUUUCCACAUGUGAUGAGCAACAAAGUGACCAGGGGGAAGAUGAAGGUAUGGACGAUGAUUUUGAAAGUGAAGAAGAAGAUGACGAGGAUAUGGGGGAAGAGGACGAGACAGAGAAAAAGGUCUAUAUUCCUGGAAAGCAAUCCGUAGAAGAAGGAGAGGAACUUGUGAUGGACCAGCAGGCUUACCGGCUGUAUCAUGAAGCGCAGACUGGUGCUCCUUGUCUUAGUUUUGACAUCAUCUCAGACCAGCUGGGAGAAGGUCGAACAGAGUUCCCAGUGACUGUGUUUUUGUAUGCCGGCACCCAGGCAGAUACUGCCCUAGCGAACAGGCUUCUAUUGAUGAAAAUGUACAACCUCCAUGGGACAAGCAAAGAAAAGAAGGAACAGGAGGAGUCUGAUUCAGACUCUGAGAGCAGUGACAGUGAUGAAGAGGAGGAGAGGAAACCACAGCUGGAGCUAGCAAUGUGUCCCCAUUUUGGAGGCGUGAACCGACUUAGGGUCACAUCACUCGGCAGUACUCAGGUGGCUGCAGUCUGGUCAGAAAAAGGACAGGUUGAGCUGUAUGACCUGCAGAAACAGCUGGCAGCGGUCUCGGACUCCCAAGCCCUUGCCACCUUUCUGAAAGAGGAGCAACAGAAGAUUAAGCCCCUUUUCUCUUUUUCAGGUCACAUGACAGAAGGCUUUGCCAUGGACUGGUCUCCUAAAGUACCAGGUCGGCUGGCAACGGGAGACUGUAAUAAAAACAUCCACCUUUGGAAUAUGCAGGAAGGAGGAACGUGGCAUGUUGAUCAGAGACCCUUUACAGCACAUACCAAAUCUGUAGAAGAUAUUCAGUGGUCACCUAAUGAGGCCACGGUGUUUGCAUCAUGUUCUGUGGACACCACAGUACGAAUUUGGGAUGUGCGUGCUGCUCCUAACAAAGCCUGCAUGCUAACAGCCAAUCAGGCUCAUGACUCUGAUGUUAACGUAAUCAGCUGGAACCAAAAUGAGCCAUUUAUUGUGUCGGGUGGAGAUGAUGGAGUACUAAAGAUCUGGGAUCUCAGGCAAUUUCAGAAAGGUGUCAGCGUGGCAAAGUUCAAGCAGCAUACAGCCCCCAUAACUUCAGUAGAGUGGCAUCCAACAGAUGGCAGUGUCUUUGCAGCAGCUGGUGCUGAUGACCAAAUCACACAGUGGGACUUGGCUGUGGAGCGUGACCAGGAAACAGAAGAAGCCAGUAAUGACCCUGCACUGACAAGUAUUCCACCUCAGCUUCUCUUCAUACAUCAAGGCCAGAAGGACAUUAAGGAGUUGCACUGGCAUCCACAGUGUCCUGGAGUGCUGGUCAGCACUGCUGUGUCUGGCUUUAAUGUUUUCCGCACGAUCAGUGUCUGAGAACUGCUCCUUUUCUGUCUUGAAAAUUCAGUUCUUUCAUAAAGCAUGGAUAUUGUACACUAGCCUCGUGAAGUUUCCUCAAGUUCUGUCUGCUUAAUUAUUCAGUGACUUGUGGAGGCAUCAAUUAAUUAUUGAAAGAACUAUGCCAGCUGACAACUUAUGAUAUGCACAGUCAAGGCUCAUUGUGUAAAUUAAAUGUAAACAGGACUAGAUCAGUGGUUGGGGUUAGAUAUUGUAACCUGGAAGCCGUAUAGUUUUGUGCAUUAAUAAGUGGCAAGUAGGAUGUGGCCUUUAGUUGUUUCUUGAUGAGCACAUUCUCCAGUCAGCUGUUAAUGUUUCAAAAAUGACUAGUGUUUUAGUCAUAAUCACUGGUAUUUCUGAUGGAAUUCUUAUAGAUAAGUUGCAGUAACUUGUGGCAUCUCUCUUUAUCCCGUUUUCCUUGUGUGUUUGGAGCAAGUUAAGCAACCCUUCAUAUAGUUUUAUUUUAUUUAAUUCCAACUUGUAUGGCAAUUAGCUCAGAGAUUACAUUUAUGAGCUGCUUCCUAUAGCCCAAAGUUUGAUUCUGUCCGCUUCAUUUCCAUCCCGUGAGACCCAGCAUGUCACUUAAACAGACACUGCUAUAGGACAUUUGGGAACUUAAGCUGGGCUCCUUGGUGGUCUCGUAGAGCAUGUCUAGUUACUACCUGUGAACCUAUGUUUAUGUAAGUUAAGGACUUCAUGAGCUGGUUCCUUAAAUUAACUUUCUGUUAUGAAGUUUUUUAAUGAUACUGAACUUAAAUUUGCAUCUUGUCUUCAUGUAAAUUUCAGAGUGCCUUCAUUUACGAUCAAGAAAUGAGAAGUUAACAUUUAUUGUACGUGAAUGUGUUGGAGAAAAAAUAUAUUUUUAUGCAACCCUUUAAUGUGGUACUUGCUGCAGCCUGAAACAAAAUAUGCAGUGUGAACCACUGUGAAUUUCCUUUCCAGACUAUUUACUGUUGUGGGUAAUAAAGUUUGGAAUAAAUGAAAACUAUCAAAGUUUUCAAAAAUCAAA